GCAGGAGCCGGUGGGGCAGAAGGAGCGCAGGGGAGCCCCGUGGGGUGUCACGAGUAGGGUGGGACGGGACCGCGCUGCGCUCCUCCCCGAGGCAAUCCGAUUUGCCCUCCGGGCAGUGCCGUUACCCCAACUGCCCUGUGUCCUCCCCCACCCAGACCGCACCGUGUGGGCUGAGCUGGAGGGUCCUCAGGGUCAAGCAGGGCUGUGGGCUCUGAUCCCCACACCCACGGGUGCUCAGCUGGCCGCGUGCAGGCAGGACACCGAGGUUCUCCAGCUACACCCCAUGGCAGCCGCCACCACCUCCGUGUCCCUGCAUCAGAUCCUGCGCCCUGGCCCCACAGUGGUGCUGCAGAGAUGACGGUGCGGACCAGGCCGGAGUGUGCCCGGGCGCCCUGAGCGGGGCGAGGAUGCUGGCGGGGCGGUGGCGCCGGGAGGGGCGGCAGUGGCGGCGUGCCAAGCCGGCCGUGGUUGUCUGUGCCCUGUACGACUACGCGUACCGUGCUGAGGACGGGCGGCAGGUGGCCAUGGCUGCUGGCGAGCAGUUCCUGCUGCUCCACAAAGCCAACGAGGACUGGUGGCAGGUGAGACGGGCUGGCGAGCCCCACCGGGCUCGGCCCUUCUUUGUCCCCGCUGCCUACGUGGCUGAGCUGGACCCUGGUGACGCUGGGGGGUGGAGCACGCAGCCCCCCAGCCAGCCUGAGGACACAGGCCCGCGACAGCAUUGCUGCUCACUUGAGGACCUGCGUGGCCCCCCCCUGCGCCCCCCCCAGGAGGCCGGGCCGCCCCCCACGCGCUGCAGCAGCACCGGGCGGCUGGCAGAGGGGGCUGCGCCCGCGCGCCCCCCGGCCCUGCAGGAGCUGCUGGCCAAGGGCGCCGGGGUGCCCCCCCAGGGAGCCACCAUGAUCUACUCCAACCUUGAGGAGCUGCAGCGAGUGGGGGGCCGGGCUGAGCCCCCCUUGCCAACCAGCCCCCCCAUCCAGGUUUUGGGUGCCUGGGAGCGUCACCUGGACCCCAACACUGGGCGCUGCUUCUUCUACAACCCCCGCACGGGCGUGACCUCCUGGAAACCCCCCAGGCAGCAGCGGGAGCCGGCGGGCAUGGGGGCAGCAGGGGAAGGCGCCGACAGCGGGGUGAGCCGCGGCCGGACCCCCGCCCGCCCAGGGAUGGAGGACCGGACAGCCCCCCCCCAGCCCUCACGUGAGACCCCGCACUGUGCCCCUGCGCUGCCCACCGAGGUGCAAAGGGCCGGGCGGCUCAACAAGACCAAGAUCGCUGAGGGGGGAAGGAAGCUCAGGAAGAGCUGGGGGGUGUCCUGGGUGGUGCUGGCCGGGAACAGCCUCGUCUUCUACAAGGAGCCCAAGGGGCCAGCACCCGCUGCCUGGUGUCCCACCAGCAGCCGCCCCGAGAGCAGCGUGGACUUGAGGGGGGCCGCCCUGGACUGGGCCCGUGAGCUCUCCAGUAAGAAGAACGUCAUCCACCUCCGCACUGUGACGGGGAACGAGUUCCUGCUGCAGUCGGACCAGGAGGCCACCAUCCAGGAGUGGGCCCUGGCCGUGGCGCGGGUCAUCCGGCGGCUGGACGUGGAGAACCCCGUGGACGCACCCGCGGGUUGGCUGCACCGGGGAGACCUUUGGAACCCGGCGGAGCUCAGUGGGGACGAGGAUGAGGCACCACGGGCCGCUGAGGGCACCGGGGCUCCAGGUGUCCCCCACAACCCCAGCGCCUCCGAGAAGCAGCGGGUGAGGAGCAAGCUGAGGCGCUUCAUCGUCAAGCGGCCCUCGCUCCAGAGCCUGCAGGAGAAGGGGCUCAUCCGAGACCAGGUGUUCGGGUGCCGCCUGGACGCCCUGUGCCAGCGGGAGGGCAGCGCCGUGCCGCGCUUCGUCCGGCUCUGCGUGGAGGCCGUUGAGGAGCGAGGCCUUGACGUUGAUGGGAUCUACCGGGUCAAUGGGAACCUAUCUGUGAUCCAGAAGCUACGUUUUACUGUGGACCGGGAGCGAGCCGUGACCUCGGACGGGCGCUACGUCUUCCCCGAGCGGCUGCUCCAAGAGGAGCGGGUCAGCCUGGCGGACCCCGAGUGGAGUGACGUGCACGUGGUGGCUGGUGCCCUCAAGCUCUUCCUGCGGGAGCUGCCCGAGCCCCUGGUGCCCUACAGAGCUGCCGGGCUGCCAGGAGCAGGUGAAGCGGGUGGCCGAGCUGGUGCAGAGCCUGCCGGCGCCCAGCUACGCCACGCUGCGCUACCUGCUGGCUCACCUCUGCCGGUGAGGGGGCAGCUGUGGGGCGGGCUUAGAGCUGCCCCAGAGCUGGCUGGGCCGUGGGGUGGCGUGGGGCAGCUGCGGGGGGCGGCUGGUUGCCCUGGUACACAAGGGGAGGGGCAGGGAGGACUAGAGCCGGCCAGAGCGAUGGGACCAGACAUGGACCUCCUGGGUGACGGGUGGAGGACCCGGGCGGGAUGUGGUGCGUGGGACCGCCCCCAGCCCCGUGCGUGGAGGACCCGGGCGGGAUGCGGUGCGUGGGACAGCCCCCAGCCCCGUGCGUGGAGGACCCGGGUGGGAUGCGGUGCGUGGGACCGCCCCCAGCCCCGUGCGUGGAGGACCCGGGCGGGAUGCGGUGCGUGGGACCGCCCCCAGCCCCGUGCGUGGAGGACCCGGGCGGGAUGCGGUGCGUGGGACCGCCCCCAGCCCCGUGCGUGGAGGACCCGGGCGGGAUGCGGUGCGUGGGACCGCCCCCAGCCCCGUGCGUGGAGGACCCGGGUGGGAUGCGGUGCGUGGGACCGCCCCCAGCCCCGUGCGUGGAGGACCCGGGCGGGAUGUGGUGCGUGGGACCGCCCCCAGCCCCGUGCGUGGAGGACCCGGGUGGGAUGUGGUGCGUGGGACCGCCCCCAGCCCCGUGCGUGGAGGACCCGGGCGGGAUGUGGUGUGUGGGACCGCCCCCAGCCCCGUGCAUGCCCAGGGUGGUGGAACGGGCGGACGUUAACCGCAUGACGCGCCACAACAUCGGCAUCGUGUUCGGGCCGACGCUGCUGCGGCCGGAGCGGGAGCCGGGCAGCCUGGCCGCGGACGUGUCGCAGCAGACCCGGGCGGUGGAGCUGCUGCUGGCGCACUUCGAGCGCAUCUUCCCCGCAGCCCCCUGACGCUGGCCCGUGACCGCCAGCGAUGGCACCUGGUUGCCCGCGGCCCCUCCUGCCUCCCCAGCCCCCCGGCUGCGGUGAACGGCCGCGUCCCUGGGGCGGCCGGCGGCGCCCGCUCUGCGCGGGGCUGCGGCACCGGGGGCAAACACCUCCCGCUGCCUCCGUCCGGGCACACGGCCCCCCAAAGCCCUUCCCCCACCCCCGCCGUGCCCCGCGCCUCCCCCCAAAACCAUUACACUGCUGAUUUAUCUCUUAUUAAACGUACCCAUCGCCAUCGGACUUUA